GUUUCCAUUUGUCGAAGCAUUGAUCAUUACGACAUCCUGCUCCUCGCUCAGAGAAGAAGAUGGGGGACAUACCAGGCGGGUUCCCUCAAGAAUGGACACAAACGUAUGACUACAAGGUGCCUUCACAAGAGCAGUUUACAUUCCAAUCGCAGACGGCACAGUCUCUGAGACACCCACUAUACCCUGACCUCGACCAAUUGAUGCCCCAGGUUUCGUCAUCAUUGCAAGAACAGUGCUCCCAGCUUGGUUAUAGUAAGAAGCUGAGCAAUAAUGUCCUACAAGAAUUAGACCAGAGGGCUGCGACAAUGCACCCAAGAAGAAGCCAUAUUGGCAAGGGGAAUGGUGGCUCUACUUUGAGCCCACGAAACUCGAGGUUUACCUCACUGCAUAGGCAGAAGUUCAACAAGCUGGAAUCGAUAUCAUCUCACUACUCCACGAUGAGGACGAGAGAGGAGAUUGAGCUGGAGAAGGAGAACGUUCCAAGCUAUGAUCCAUUCUCAAAGAGGACAGGUUCUUCGACUUUAGAGAGUGUUUCCAAGAGAAGAAGAUUAGAGGUUGGACGUCAGGAUGUGGUACCACAGUUGUCAUCGUCAAAGAGAAUGAUGAACUUCCAACAGGUUCUUGAUAGGCCUACUCAAAACCACGAGCUUGUAGAAAGGGUAACGACAACACGAAUCCCCUUGAAGGCGCCUCCACAAUCCACACUAAGACAAUCAACGUCAUCAAUGAAUCUGAAGAAACAACACCCAACAUCGUUGCAACAAUCGAGAUCGAUAUCCAAGGGGUUAUCUAAGGUGCCUAGUCCAAGGAUUUCAAAGUCGACAACCAUGUACAACUUGAACAGGCCGACGGCAUCAAGUUUACAGAAAUCAACAUCUACAAGAGACGUAGCCAGGUCGCUUCGAUCCACCCCUUCGAUGAAUAAUUUGUCUUCAAUGACGCGUACAGCAUCAACGAUGAACACGAAACAACACCAGAAACCAGCAUGGAGAUAAACAAUUACAGCGAUACACGGUUCAUCAGCAACGUCGUCCCUCAUACCUUUUUGUUCUUUUC